GGUGCCAGCUCAGCCCCUCCCUCCCUGCGAGCUUCAGGCGGACGCUGGUCCUCACUGCAGUCCGCAGUAAACCCACCGGCGCCCGUCAGAGUGCAGCAGACUGCAGUCUCCAUCACAUUCCUCCUCCUCAUCCUCCUUCUCCUCCUCCCUGCGCUCCUCUGGCAGGUGGAAAGGACACACACGCAUACACACGGGGCCGGGACAAUACCGAGUACCAACACCAGCUUUUGCACAGAGUCAAAGGAAUGUCUGGAAUAUGAGCUGGUAUGCAAAACAGAUGAAUACGAGGUGCGACACUACAGCCCCACUCGCUGGGUGUCAACAGAUGCCGAAGCCUAUUUCAUGGGUGUGGGUGCAGCCAUGGCCUUCAGGAGGCUUUUCCAGUACAUCACUGGAGCCAAUGAAGGAGGUAUCCAGAUGGAGAUGACCGCCCCUGUCCUGGUCAAGAUCCCAGAGGAGACCAAGAUGUGGGAGCCGGCUGUCUACACGCUCAACUUCCCGCUGCCGGCAGCCUAUCAGGAGAAGCCACCCGCGCCCACCAAUGACAAGCUGUACUUCACUGAGAUGCCAGAGAUGGACGUCUAUGUGAGGAGUUACGGAGGCUGGAUGCUGUCAGUCACCUCCAGGCUUCACGCUCACCUGCUGACUAAAGAACUGGAGAGAGUUCGAGCUUCCUACAACCACAGCUACCACUAUGGAGUCGGCUAUGACAGUCCUUUGAAGCUGCUGAACAGGCACAACGAGGUGUGGUAUGUGGCUGAGGGACAGAUCAUUUGCAAAGAUCCACAGGAACCGACCCCUGCGCACACUCCCAGGCCGACUAUGACCAACUCACCCACAGACUCUGCGUCUGACCCACUCCCUCACACACUCUCGGAUUCACCCUCACUCACUCCCUCCAACCUAUCUUCAAAUACAGCAUCCAACUCCUCUUCACAAAUGCCCUCUGAUACACCUACUCUCCACCCAUCUAAUGCUCCGCCUAGUCCUUCAUCCAGUCUGCCCGCUGAUGCCGCGUUCAGCCAUCCCCCCACCACCGCCCAUAUCCUGCAGAACGCCACAAGCAACUCUUCCGAUCCCAUCUCUGUAAGCCCGUCCCUGGAGCCCCAGUCUGAUUCUGCCCUGUGGAACAGCACAGCCCACAGCUCUCUGGAUAUACAAGCUGACAGUAACCCCGUCGUCGAGCCAGAUGACGCUCAUUAGCAACAGUCAGAUUUGAUUUAAGCAGCUAUUCCAGGUAUAUUAACAUGGAAUCUAAACAGAAAAGAAGCAGUGGGGGUGGGUGAUAAAUGGAGAAGCUGUUUUCUCUUCCUCUUUGUCUCUCUAUUCCUAUGUAUUACACCAACUCCUCCUUAUGGCACUUAGUGUUUAACUAUACGUUCUAUCACAGCUUUGCACCUGCAGCUUCCUGUAUCAGCAAACACAUGCUUGUCCACUUUGUCGUUCUGAGGUUAUCAACCCAGCUGCAUUAUAGAAUUAAGUAACAUGUAUGUAUUAGUUAGAAUCCAAGGUUGUUGUGUUGAUUCAACCAGCUAAAGCUGAAGGCAGGGAUAGAUGCUGUUUAACAUCAGUUUAACCCUAAAACUAACUUAGCAACUAAUAGGACUUAAAUGGAGAUCUGUCGGUAAUUGUUCAGUGAAGUGUAUGCUGGGACUAACCACAGUAGGCCAAUAUAUCAGCGGAAACGUAACAAUCAUAAUGUGUUUGUAGCCACACUUGUAAAUGGAGUUUGAUGCUGUAAUUAGUGAUUCUUCAAAGUUUAUGUCAAUAGUUUCCAGCCGUAACAUCCUACAAGCCUUUAUUCUCUGUUAAGCUUCAUGUCAGUUGAUUUGAUGAUAUAUGUGGCAAAAUAUUGGUGAAUUAUUCUAAAUUCAGUGUGCACAUUCAUUAGGAUCUUUGGCGCAGCCUUAAACCUAAUCACUAAGGCUGUAUGGUAAAGUACAUGCAAAAACAUAUUGUCGCAAUAUUUAAUGUCAAUUUUCAGUUAAUUUGAACAUAUUAAAGUAAUAUAAACUUGCAUUAUGACACAAGGGAUAUUAAUAACAUACAGUAUGCUGUGUACCAAAAAAUGGCUUGUUGUUAGAUUUUCCCUUAAUUUUCCUGAUAAAUGCUCAGCAAAAAAAGAACAGCAAUAAAUACAUUACCACCUUUGAGUCACAGUAAGUUUAGCCCACACAAGUCAAUUCCAAAGCUCAGCGUGAAAACUAAAUAUUUAAGAUUGAUUUUUCUUCCCACUAACUUGGCCCAAAAUGUUUUAGGAAUUUAAAAGAUGAUGUAACAUUUGCUUCAGACAGGUACACAAAACAAAAUGUUUUUAAAAUGACUUCCCCAGAAUCACAUUAAGUCCAUAUUAAUUAAUAUUUUCCCACAUUUUAUUAAAAGCUAUUGGGGUAUACAAUGAAACUUGUCAAAUAAUUGCCUAAAAAUAAAUUUACUCCUUGUGAUCUUUGCUUCAUGCCCCCAAACCCCCAGAGCAAGUUCAGUUUUUGGAACUCUGUAUUUAUAAAACCCUGCAUACAACAAUGCUAGUGACGUACUCCUAAACAUGAUGUAAACACGUAGCUAGCUUAAUAAUUAGAAAACGACACUGAAAUUGUCCUUCUUUAAUAGAUUAAAAAUAGGAAAAUAAUAGGGGUUGUGCUGAAUUAGGGUACUGGCACCUUUUACAGUCCAGUUCAGGCACUGAUUAAAGGUACCCUGCAGAGUUUUUGGCAGCUAGUGAGGCUAUAGAGUGCUGUUGUGUUCUACCAGCACACGGAGGAUACACAUAUGUAUAUGGAGGGAAGUCAGAGGUGACAUGAUCUGUACUUCAGCUGACUGCAGAGAGCAGAGCAAAAGACAAUGCAGGGACUCAAAAACCAAAUGCAAAUGUUUUGUGAGGUAGGAAAUACAUUCAACGUGUGCUUGUCAGACCACAGGGAUAUAAACAUAAGGUUCAGGUAAAAGAUGUUGAUUGUGAACAAAACUGUUAGUCUCCAAAGGAACCCCCACAGGGUACUUUUAACCUAGUUUUUGCACACUGUAGAAUGGAAGGCCCUAUUCAUUUCGGUCCUAAUGGUAAAUCCUGGUCAUACUUUCUCUCUGUGUAUCAAUGUAUACUGUACCUAGAUAAUUCGUCCAACCCCUAAUCUUUAUGUUUAGCCUUGGUAUAGUGGUGGCCUGCAUACACUAAAAGCUACCAAGAGUCUAAUCUAAAGGUGAUAGGACUGCCCUAAAGAUCCCAAAGAGUCACGCCUGAUCGACCAAUGCAAUACAUCAGUUAAUAAAUAACAUUCUCUAUCUAUUCGUAUCUGAGCUACGUACUGUAUGUUCUGAGGAAGGUGCAAUAAAAAACCAUAACAAAU